AGAUGGUAAGGGAGAAUCGAUCUGGGAUCGUUUGACUCACACACGACCGGAAAAAAUUGAAGAUGGUUCCAGCGGUGACAUCGCUUGUGAUAGCUACCAUCAGUGGCAACGCGAUGUGGAGAUGGUUCGCGAGUUGGGAGUCGACUAUUAUCGCUUCUCGAUCGCCUGGGCCCGCAUUAUGCCAACGGGGAUUAGCAAUCAGGUGAACGAGAAAGGCAUCGAGUACUACAACAACCUCAUCAACGAGCUAGUGCGCUACAACAUCACACCGAUGGUGACGCUGUACCAUUGGGAUCUUCCGCAACGGCUCCAGGAGAUGGGUGGCUGGACGAAUCGUGAGAUCGUGAAACACUUCCGGGAGUACGCGCGGGUUGCGUUCGAACAGUUUGGUGAUCGCGUUCAGUUUUGGGCGACCUUUAAUGAACCGAAGCAAACGUGUAAGGAAUCGUACGAGCAGGAUGCAAUGGCACCGGGGUACGAGUUCCCGGGGUUGUACAGCUAUCUGUGCUCCCAUCAUGUGCUGCUUGCGCACGCCGAGGCUGUGGAGUUGUACAGACAACAGUUCCAGAAAGAGCAAAAUGGAGUCAUUGGAUUGGUCGUUGAUACUGCUUGGUACGAGCCUAACACGGAGGCCGAUGUUGAGGCGUCCGAUCGAGCAAUGCAGUUCAAUAUCGGUAUCUACAUGCAUCCGAUCUAUCACGGCAACUAUCCACCGGUGAUGAUCGAACGGAUCGCCAAGCUCAGCCAGGAGCAGGGCUUCGUACACUCUCGGCUGCCCGAGUUCACCCCAGAAGAGAUCGCCAAACUGAAGGGUUCGUCCGAUUACUUCGGGUUCAACGCGUACACGACGCGGCUGGUGUGGCAGAAUGGAGACGCCAAUCCGGGCGAGUACGCGGAACCUUCGUUCGAUCAUGAUCGCGAUGUGUACGAGUACAUUGAUCCCAGCUGGCCCACUUCGGCCUCGCCUUGGCUGCGAGUGUAUCCACGGGGGCUGUACAGUGCGCUCAGGUGGAUUCGGGAUGAAUACGGCAAUCCACCGGUUUGGAUCACGGAGAAUGGUGUCAGCGAUCGGGAUGGAACGUUUGAUGUGCAGCGUGUCGAGUACUUUAACACGUAUCUGGAAGCGGUGCUGGAUGCGAUUGAGGAUGGUUGCGAUGUGCGCGGUUACACGGCCUGGUCACUGAUGGAUAAUUUCGAGUGGCGCACCGGAUACACGCAACGUUUCGGGUUGUACUAUGUCGAUUUUAACGAUCCUGCUCGGCCGCGUUACGCUAAAACAUCGGCGAAGGUGUACGCUAACAUUGUAAAGAGUCGUGCCAUCGAUACAGACUAUCUGCCCGAACCGGAUGUGAUGAUCCCCGGGGCAAAGUGA